AUGGCGCCUAAAAAGCGCAAGCUGUCGGACCUAUCUACAGAGCAAACUUCUCGAGUAAAGGGAAUUCUCCUUUCCUGCCGCGAGAUAUGUGAUCAACUCGGCAUCGAUGAGGACGACGAGGACCUGAGGGAUUUGAAUCGCAUCAUCGACAAGUUGACAGAUGCGAAGCAUACGCCAUUCUCCGACGUCUCUCUCCUUACUCUCGGUAAAAUGGGCGUUACGAUUCAACCUAUGGAAUGGCGCUCGGACGGGGUGACACAGGCAAAGGCAUACGGAACUGCAACAUUACCCGGAGCCCUGACGAUCGAAGAUACGAGAAAGAAUAUCCACGAUGUUCUCAAAUACGUGUCGCUUGAGUCAGAAGCUGGCUGUCGUAUUUUGAUCAACACCCUCCUGAUCCAUGUUGCAUCCAACCUUGAGACGGAUUCGUCUGGUGUUGUGAUUGCUCCGGAGUUUCGUGUUGACGACACCCUGCUCGGAUGCACGGAAAAUUCGUUCGGGGGAGUGGUAGAUUAUAUGCUCGUCUAUGGUGACAAGGCCGUGCGAGAUCGAAUCAUUAAAUCGAAAGCUUUCGCUUUCAGCAACCCCGAGAUAUACAAAUUACUCCAGUGCAACAUCUACGAAGCAAAGCCCGAAGAUCUUUUCUCUCCCAUAGCGUGCCUUCCUCAAGCGGCGAUGGCCGCUAUCAUUAAGGCGCAGCGGCUGCAGAUGAAAACUUUUCGAGGUUGCGUUACUAGCGGCAAGCGGUGGGUAUUUUUCGUCUACAAUGCAGAGAACUUCGGACAUGGACAAGGCAAAACCGUAUAUUGGUUGGAUGCGAUUCCUCUCGGGGACGGAUUUUACAACCCAACUGUUAACCUGGAGUUGAUUCUUGGCAUACUGCGUGACUGGGUCGAACAUGGCCAUGACGAUUCCCUACGCUUUUUCGAGUACAUAAAUUGA